AUGGGCAUCAGAGGCUUUAAAACUUACAUGCUCAGGUCCUACCGUUGGAAAGAGAUAGGCAAAGAUGGUCCGCAGCUAAGUGGACCACUGGUGAUAGAUGCGAUGAGUAUCUGCUAUUGUCUUUACGAUGACAUCGACUGGAAACAUGGCGGACAAUACAAAGAGCUUGAGCAAAAAUGCAUCGAUUUCGUUACAAACCUACGGAAAUUUAAUAUAGAGCCGAUUUUCGUAUUUGAUGGUGUGGACUACAAAGGGGAAAAGGGGCCAACUCUGGUAAAAAGGAAACAGAGUGACAUAGAGAACAUAUCGUCUUAUCUAUUGACUGGCCACGGUACUGACAGUUUUUGCCUACCAAUUUUUACUAGAAUAGUAAUGUCAGAGGUAAUAAGAGAAAUGAACGUUCCUUUUAUUGUUGCCGAUGGAGAUUCAGAUAGUUUGACUGCAUCUAUAGCUAAUUAUCAUGGAUGCCCAGUUCUCUCCAAUGAUUCUGAUUUUUUUGUAUUCAACGUUGAAGGUGGCUACAUACCUUUCGAGUCGUUCGAUUGUAAGCAUCACAUUACCGGGAAGAUUUACAACUGGACUGAUUUCGUUUCAACUUUUCGUGACCCUGAUAUUGUUUAUCUCAUACCUGCCCUCGCCAGCAAUGAUUUUAUUUCUGAUGGCGGAGGUGCAUGGCAUGAUGUAAUGGCAUCAAUUAACAAAAGAUCAUCGUCGAGCAUUUUUGCAACAAGAGGGAAGUUUGGUCGCGCAAGACGAACAAGUGGGAGUAGUAACAGGAUAUCUGAUGUGGUGGACUCAAUUCGUUCAUCUUCAUCAGUGGAGGAAUUCUUCUCGUCAUGUUCCUGCAAGCCUGAAAGUAUAGCAAUUGUUAGGAAAAACUUUCGCAAGGCAAAAGAAAUGUACACAGUUGAUAAAAUAAACAUUGAUGAUACCAAAAAGAGCACAGAAUUGGAAACAGCCACUGGGACACCACUGCCUUCAUGGAUACUUGAGCAAUAUCGUGCUGGAUGCUUCUCAACUUCAAUACUGGACCCGAUGAUUCUCAAUAAAUGCAUGCUGCCAACUACUGUAGAUAAUCCUAAAAAAGAGUCAUCAAUGAAGAUUGGGGUACCUCUAAGAAGCCACUUGUAUGGUUUAUUAAAACCUUACCUAAAGGAACAAAAAAUUAAAGAAGGAAUGCGUGUUGGCCGCCAUGACUUGCAAUAUAUUUCUGUUGGGCCAGCGAAAUUGGAGGACUGUCAAAGUUCAGAUCAACUUGGAUUGCUUUGUGGUAUAUUUGGAGUCUCGCCAGAUGAAUUGGGCCAGUUUGAAAAUAAAUGGAAGCUGGUUGCACUGUCCUUGCAUUACUGGAGCAGGAAUGCUGAGGCCCUUACUCAACAACAAAUUGAUGCUCUUCUCUUUUGCUUUGUAGUUUGUUCCAGUGAGGAAGGAAGAGAUGCAGGAAGAGAUGUCAUAAGUGAGUCUAAUCUUCAAGGUAGAAGGUCAAGACAGUUUACUGAUCAGCAGCUUGACAGCCUCCACUCUUUCUCAAUGUGGCAAUGCGUGUAUUAUGAGGCAAUGAAACUGAAUGACUUCCUCAAGCGUCCUCUUGACUUUACUUCUCCAGUUAUGUUUGAUGGUAAAAUCUGCAUGUUUUGUGCUUGCUUGGAAGAAAUAGAAUUUGAUGGCAUCAAAGCAAGCAUGAUGGUAACUGGAUCUCCUUUAGAGUGUCUCUACAAAAAUUUAAUGAAUGUGUGCAAGUUGCCGCAAAGUACACAAUAA